AUCUGAUGGCACUCCUUUAGAACUGAUCAUUGACUUUGGUGCCGGGGUCACCGUUGAAUGCCAGAAAGCAAUUAGCUCCCUCCAUUGUCAGUCUUCUUCCGUCCGUUCACUUCACCCUGUACGAUGGAAAAUGAGGUGGUUCCUGCUACGAGCGCCGGCGGCCGCGAAGGCGAUCUGCAGAUCUGGGCGUCCGGCAGCGGCAUUGGGGAGGAAGUGGGGCUUCUGAACUCCGCCCUGAGGCAAAUGAAAUCGGUGCUUGCCGAUGUGGAGCGGAAGGAGAUCCAGAACGUGCAGCUGGUGCGAUCUCUCAAGGAAGCCCAUCAUGCGGCUUCGCAGGCCGAGGACCUCCGGGGCGAGCUGGAGUACUACCGCAUCCAGGAGAAGGUAGAGAGGGAGGAGCAUGACUGCAUGGAUGGUCUGAUCGAUGAACAGGACAUGGUGUUGCAGGAACUGACAUACCUGUUUCAGGCUGAGGAAGACACCACAGAGAGUUCUACUUUUUGCACAGAAGAUUCAUCACCGGCCUCUCCAAUUGUGGUCCCUGCCGGUAACAUUAGCCCGGGGCAUCUUCUUGCCAUCUCAAGUGAGAUAAAUGAUCACAUUGAGUCAUGCCACAAUAUGAUCAAGGAUCUACCGGAGGCUUUAGAGAUUGAAGAAUGGAAUGACCUUAUCCGUAUUGAGAUGAAAAAACAGAGCACAGGGACUGAUCCCCGGGAGACGUCAUCAUGUCCUACUGAACCCAAAGUUUAUGGUAGGGACCAAGAGCAGGACCUGAUAAUAAACAAGUUAACGAGUGAGAAAUCCGCUGGGGAAAACCUCUCCGUCCUUGCCAUCGUCGGUUAUGGAGGUGUUGGAAAGACUACUUUGGCUAAUGCGGUAUUCAAUGACUCUCGUGUGUCAAAACAUUUUGAAGAACGAUUAUGGGUUUAUGUUUCUGUAUAUUUUGAUCAAGCCAAGAUUAUGCACAAAUUGUUGGAGUCCUUGAUUGGGGACAAGCACGAAAAACUCACUAGCUUGAAGGAACUCCAGGACAACCUAAAAUAUGCACUGAAAUCGAAACGGGUGCUACUUGUACUGGACGACAUGUGGGAAGACACACAAGAGGAAAGAUGGCGUGAUCUGCUAACUCCACUGCUUUCCAAUGAUGUCCAGGGAAAUAGGGUUCUGGUCACCACUCGGAAGCCAUCUGUUGCAAAAUUCACGAGAGCUACAGAUCACAUUAAUCUGGACGGUUUAAAGCCAGAUGACUUUUGGAAAUUGUUUAAAGAAUGGGUCUUCGGAAAUGAGAACUUCACAGGAGAGAGGAUAUUGCAGGAAGUUGGGAAGAAGAUAGUUGUUCAGUUAAAAGGAAAUCCUUUAGCAGCAAAAAGUGUGGGCACAGUAUUGAGAAAUAAACUUGACGUUGAUUUCUGGACAACAGUUCUAACUCAUAAUGAAUGGAAGCACGGGGAAGAUGACUAUGAUAUAAUGCCGGCCUUGAUGAUCAGCUACAAAUAUCUGCCUGAUGACCUCAAGCCCUGUUUCUCGUACUGUGCUGUGUUCCCAAAGUAUCAUAGGUAUGAUAAAGAAUGUUUGGUCAAUAUGUGGAUAGCCCUCGGUUUGAUAUGUUCCACCGACAUGCAUAAACGAUUGGAGGACAUUGGAAGUGAAUUUUUCAAUGACUUAGUCGAAUGGGGAUUUCUCCAAAAAGAAUUUGAAUUUGGAAGCUUACUUAUCAUGCAUGAUCUCAUUCAUGAUUUGGCACAGAAGGUCUCAUCUCAUGAGAACUUCACUAUAGUGGACAAUGAGUCUGGAGAAGCACCACAGCUUAUUCGUCAUGUCAGUAUAGUCACAGAAUGGCAGUACAUGACACAAACAGAUGGCAGCGUGGGUCCUAAUGAGGAUUUUCUGCAAGGUUUUUCCAGUUUCUUCGGCGAGUUGCAACAAAAGAAGCUAAGCACAGUGAUGUUAUUUGGGCCACAUGACUUGGACUUUGCACACACAUUUUGUCAAGAACUGACUGAAGUGAAGUCAAUCCGCGUGUUGAAAUUGGAGAUGGCAGUCUUUGAUUUGGAUUCACUAAUAGGUAACAUCUCAGAAUUUGUCAAUCUUCGUUAUCUGGAGUUGGGAUGCAUUUAUAAGGGACCCAGGCUGGAAUUGCCAGAGUUUAUAUGUAAGCUGUAUCAUCUGCAAGUCCUGGAUAUAAAGAAGAACUGGGGAUCUAGCACAGUUAUUCCGAGAGGCAUGAACAAGCUUGUUAACUUGCGCCAUUUUAUUGCUAUUGAAGAGUUAGUUGCAAAAGUACCUGGGAUAGGGAAGAUGGUUUCCCUUCAAGAGCUCAAGGCAUUUGGUGUCAGAAGGGUGGGUGAGUUCAGCAUAUCACAGCUGAAAAGGUUGAAUCAUCUCAGAGGAUCAAUUAGCAUUUACAAUCUUGGUCAUGUAGGAAGCCAACAGGAGGCCAUUGAAGCAAGCAUCUGUGACAAGGUCCACCUCACUACUUUGCAGUUAUCAUGGUAUCCUGUGUCUGGGCAGAGAGCUGGUUUUUCAAGUGAACUUCCAAUCCUUGAGGAUCUUAGACCACAUGCUGGCCUUGUGAAUCUGAGAAUCGAGGCAUGUAGAAAUUCUGUUCCGUCAUGGCUCAGCACCAAUGUUCAUCUCACCUCACUGCGGUCACUUCAUCUGAAUAACUGCUCCAGGUGGCGCACAAUUCCAAAACCCCAUCAGCUGCCUCUACUUCGGGAGUUGCAUUUGAUUAACAUGGUUUGUCUUCUGAAAAUUGAGAUUGGCUGUCUGGAGAUACUUGAAUUGCGCAAUUUGCAAAGAUUGACGCAGUGCAGAUUUGUGGACAAGGAGCAGUUAGCUGUGAAUCUGAGGGUUCUUGAAGUAGAGUACUGCGAUAGAUUGGGUGAGUUCCCUGAGGAGCUAUUCAUCUCGAAUGAUCUGCAAAGUGAAUGUCAGUUCACUCGUCUUCGCAGGCUUCAGGCAUAUAAGAAUGAGAAGAGCUUCGAUCACACUAACAUUUGCCACCUUUUGCUCAUAGAUUCUUUGACGGAUAUACACUUGUCCUUGCAUUCUAAUCUUGGGGAAUUUCGGCUUCAACAAGUAGGCCUGCCAAAUAGGUUGUGCAUGAAAAUGAAUGGAAGUCGAGACGCUUUGAGAAUAGAGGGAAGAUUGUUCCCUUUUGGCAAACUCAGGAGUCUAGUGGAGCUUGAGAUCAGCAAUUAUCCACUUCUGACGUCCUUACCAUGGGAAGGCUUUCAACAGUUGGCAUCACUGAAGAAGUUGAAGAUGAUCAGAUGCUCUAAACUUUUUUUGGGAAGUGUUGAGCUGUCUCUGCCACCAUCAGUCGAAGAACUCGAGUUCAGUUUCUGCAACAUUACGGGGACACAAGUAUCACAAUUCCUGGUGAAUCUUAAGUCACUAAAGAACCUCAAACUAAUUAAUUGUGAAGAAGUGACAUCCUUGCCUGUAGAGUUGUUUACAGAUGAACAGAACCAAUUGGCAGAAGGCUCUUGGCUCAUCCCUCCCAACUGUGUUACCACUUUGGAAAGCUUGCAUAUCUCUUUUGGGAUUGAAGGUCCAACGAUGCAUUUUUCGAGCAAGAAAGGUCUUGGAAGAUUUGUAUCUCUUAAGAAAGUUGUCAUUGAAAAUUGCCCGAUUCUCCUGUCCACAAUGGUUUCAGGAGGUACAUCUGACAUACAUCGGUCUUCUCUAAUAAAACUGCAUGUGCAGGGAAUCAAAGACAGCUUUCUGCAACUCUCAGAAAUCUCUUCACUUGUUGAAUUACUCAUCUCUAAUUGCCCAGCUUUGACGUGUGUCAACCUUGAUUUUUGCACUUCAUUACAAGAGCUACAGAUUGUAGGAUGUGAAUUGUUAUCGUCACUUGAAGGUUUGCAGUUAUGUAAAGCAUUGAGCAAGUUGAGCAUACAAGGUUGUACUGUUCUCUGUUCACUCAAUGUAUCGCUCAACACUCUCACAGAACUGAGCAUAGAGAGGAAUCCAAAUUUGGAAGAUCUGAACCUGCAUUCCUGUACGGCACUGCAGAAACUAUGCAUCGAAAACUGCACUAAAAUGGCAUCGUGCGAAGGUCUUAAAUCCCUUGUUGGUCUCGAGGACUUGAAAGUUGUAAAUUCUCCAGGCUUCACAAUGUCAUGGUUAUCAGCAGCGGCAGAAGGAUGCAGCCAACAUAACUACUUCCCACAAACACUGCAGGUGCUUGAUACUGAUGACAUUGGUUUCCUAUGUAUGCCCAUAUGCAGUCAGUUAUCUUCUCUUAAGACACUGAUUGUUCAUGGAAAUCUUGAGUCACCACUUGGUCAUCUGAAGGUAUUGACAGAUGACCAUGAGAAAGCACUGGUACGACUCAACUCACUGAGACAUCUUGAAUUUGACAAGUUUGAGCAUCUCAAAUCUCUGCCAGCAGAAUUUCAAUCCCUUACCUCACUGAAAAGACUGACUCUUGAUAAAUGUGGACGUAUCUCUUCCCUACCGGUGGGGGGUCUCCCAGCUUCGCUCAAGGACAUGGAUGUUAAUCAUUGCAGCCACCAGCUAAAUGCGUCAUGCAGAAAGAUGCGCCGAUUUCGGAAGAUACAUGUAAGAAUUGAUGGGACUGAUGUGGAAUGAAGUUGCUUGCCACGCGUGCUUCUGUGUGCCUUAGUUCCUGAUUCUGAUUUUCGGGUUUGAGAGCUUCAGACAUUGAGUGUCAGCUACCCUUUCCUCCAUGAUCCUUGACCUUGAGGUUGCCUAUCUUGCGAAGGAAGAUAUUGCCCAAAAGUCGGUUGGCUCGCAACUCUAGUUUGUAGGUUGUUUGUUUCUUUUUUCUUUCCCUUUCGCUCCUAGUCAAGAUGUAAAUAUCGGUGUACUUUGUUUUUCCUUUUCUGUAUCUUAAUGAAAUUGGCAGACGCAUGCGGUUUCUCGUCAAA